AUGGAGGACAUUGAAGCCCCAACGGUGCCAAACUAUGGCGCCAGAUUAGCCGCUGCUGCUAUGGCCGAGAAAGCUCCUGUACCUGAAUAUCGACGUCCGAACUGGCUCGGAGGUAGCCCCACUGUCUUAGGAUUUAUUGGCCUCUUCUUGGGGUUGGGGCCUCUAUCGGCGGAGAUGAUGGGAUGGCGAGACGCAGGAGGAGGUGGUGCUGCGAUAGUGGGAGUUUUCUGGUUUUCCGGUGGGCUGUUGCUUAUUAUCUCCUGCAUUCUGGAAUUUAUCUUGGGCAACACCUUUGUGUAUCUUGUCUUUGGCACCUAUGGAAGCUUCUAUCUCUCUUUUGCCGCCACUUUAACUCCAUACUUCAAUGCAGCAGCAGCAUACGAACCGUCCAAUCCGGCAAAUCCAGGGUUCCACCGCGCCUUUGCCUUUUAUCCGCUUUAUGUCGGUAUUCUCUCAUUCUUCUUCUUCUUGGUCAGCGUGAGGACAAACCUUGUCUACAUGUUGCUUUUCCUCUGCUUGACCCUUGGUAUGGAGCUUCUAGCUGCUGCUUUCUGGCAAUUGGCCUCAUUGGAGACCGCUUCAGCCACCAGAUGUCAGGAGGCAAGUGGAGCACUAUUCUUCGUAUCUAGUAUGAUCGCCUGGUAUAUCAUCUUGGAUGGGCUCAUGGCAGCUGUAGCUAUCCCUUUCAAGUUGCCUAUGUUCCCCGUGGCCAAUCUAAAGGCCAAGAAAACUGCCUGA